AGAGCCCCUGCGGAGCUGAAGCACAGAGGAGUCUACCAGCUGUGAUUUUUAAUAUCAGAGAAAGGCAGAACUGCGAGAAAGACGCAGGGAUGUGGCCUCUCAGAGAUUUGCCCUGGCUUUUAAUUCCCCUGUGUGCAGCAGCUGUGUGUGCAGGUGCAAGUGGCACAAAGGUCCACAAUGUCUCUUCUGAAAUGUGUCAUCAUCCAUGUGAAGAGCUGGUGGAUUUAAUCACUGAGAUCCACGGUCUGCGCAUCGUUACAAAUAACCUGCUUGAAGAUCUGGAGAGAGUGUCAAAGGAAAAUGAGGAGAUGCGGAUCACUUUAUCUGAGCUGGGCAGCAGCAACAGCGAUGAAGGAGAUGAGGAUAACCAUGGAGACAACAAUGAUCUCGACAGAGACAAAGACGGGGAGGUCUGGUGUGCUCAGGAUGGACGAGUGUACGAGCAGGGGGAGGUCUGGGAGGUCGACAGCUGCACCUCCUGCUCCUGCCAGGACGGGAAGGUGGUGUGUCAGCAGGUGCUGUGUCCCCCAGUGUCCUGCCUCAAUCCGUCAUUUGUUGAUGGAAAAUGCUGCCUUGUUUGUCUCGACAAUGAAGAUGGUUGGUCCCCCUGGUCUGAAUGGACCCACUGCUCGGUCACCUGUGGACGAGGGGGUCAGCAACGGGGUCGGUCCUGCAAUGGUAUCAUGCCCUCCUGCUCUGGACCUUCACUUCAGACUCGCAGCUGCAUACUAAUGAAGUGUGACCGUAAAACGCGUGUUGAUGGGAACUGGGGCCUUUGGUCUCCUUGGUCUGCAUGCACCACCACAUGUGGAGAAGGCAACACCACACGGGUCCGUCUGUGCAACAGUCCCUCCCCUCACAAGGGAGGCAGAGGGUGCAAGGGUAGCGGCAGGGAGACACAGUCAUGCAACAACACAGUGUGCCCCGUUUCAGGAGGGUGGACAGCCUGGAGCGAGUGGUCGCAGUGCUCCACGUCAUGUGGUGGAGGCCUUGUGAGCCGCCACCGCGACUGUUCGAACCCCGCCCCUCAGAAUGGUGGGAAGUCUUGUGCUGGAGAUGCAGUGGACUACGAUGCGUGUAACAAACAACCAUGUCCUAUUGAUCACUGCUUGCUUUCAAAUCCAUGUUUUCCCGGGGUAGGAUGCACAUCAAAAAGUGAUGGAUCUUGGGAAUGUGGACAAUGUCCGUUGGGUUUUAGAGGAAACGGUACAAACUGUGAAGAUGAGAAUGAGUGUGAAGUGGAUGGAGUGUGUUUUACAACCUGUGUGAACACAGAUCCUGGGUUCUACUGUCUCCCCUGUCCUCCUCGCUACAAAGGCACCCAGCCAUUUGGCAUUGGACUGAAGGAAGCCUCCAAAACUAGGCAGGUGUGUGAGCCAUACAAUCCUUGCAAAGACAACACACACACCUGCCACCAGUUUGCUGACUGUAUAUACCUGGGCCUGGCGUCUGAGGCUCUGUUUAAGUGUGUGUGUGCUGUUGGGUUUGCUGGUGAUGGGGUUCUAUGUGGUGAGGACCCAGAUCUGGAUGGAUGGCCUAAUGAAAAGUUACCAUGCAGGCAGAAUGCCACCUAUCACUGUGAAAAGGAUAAUUGCCCCAUGGUGCCAAACUCCGGACAGGAAGACUUGGACAAAGACGGACAGGGGGAUGCUUGCGAUCUUGAUGACGACAACGACAACAUUAGUGAUGAAAGGGACAACUGCCCACUGAUGUACAACCCUCGUCAGUUUGACUCUGACAGGGACGGGGUGGGAGAUAGUUGUGACAACUGCCCGUUUGAAAGCAAUCCACACCAAACAGACACUGAUGACAACGGAGAAGGAGACGCCUGCAGCAUUGACAUCGAUGGGGAUGAGAUUCUGAAUGAGAACGACAAUUGUCCUCAUGUGUAUAACACCGACCAAAGGGACACUGACCUGGACGGAGUUGGAGACCAGUGUGACAACUGUCCUCUUCUUCACAACCCACAGCAGCUCGACACUGACAGUGACCUGGUGGGGGACAUGUGUGACAACAACGAGGACAUAGAUGAGGAUGGACACCAAAAUUCCCUGGACAACUGUCCCUACAUUGCCAAUAGCAACCAGGCUGAUCACGACAAGGAUGGAAAGGGAGAUGUUUGUGACCAUGAUGAUGACAAUGAUGGUAUCCCUGACAACCGGGACAACUGCAGACUGGUCCCUAACAAAGACCAGCAGGACUCAGACAGUGAUGGCAGUGGAGAUGCAUGCGUUGAUGACUUUGACAACGACAGCAUCCCGGAUGUGCUGGAUCCUUGUCCUCUAAACCAGGACAUUGGGUCUACAGACUUCAAGAAAUUCCAAGGUGUUUUGUUGGAUCCUAAAGGCACCACACAGUCGGACCCGCUCUGGGUGAUCCGCAGUCAGGGGACGGAGCUGCUGCAGACAGCCAACUCAGACCCUGGGAUAGCUUUAGGUUAUGACAAGUUCAGCUCUGUAGAUUUCAGCGUGACAUUUUACGUCAACACCAACCGAGAUGAUGAUUAUGCGGGUAUUGUGUUUGCUUAUCAGUCCAGUCGACGCUUCUACGUUGUCAUGUGGAAACAGGUGUCUCAAGCCUACUGGGAGAAACGGCCAUCUAAAGCUUUUGCCACUGCAGGGCUUUCGAUCAAGCUGGUUCACUCCAGUACAGGACCAGGGGAAUAUCUACGGAACGCUCUGUGGCACACUGGAAACACCAGAAACCAGGUCAAAACCUUAUGGCAUGACCCUAAUGAAAUUGGAUGGAAAGACUACACAGCGUACCGCAUGCAUCUUAUACACCGGCCCAAAACCGGGUUCAUCAGGGUGGUGGUGUACGAGGGCAGGAAGAUUCUGUCUGACUCAGGAGCUGUUUAUGACCACACCCUAGCUGGAGGCAGACUGGGGUUGUUUGUCUUCUCUCAGGAACAUGUCAUCUUCUCAGACCUUAGAUAUGAGUGCAGAGAUAACUGACAUAUUUUGGGAUGUUCAGGAUGCUCCACAGCUAACAGCCUGAGAUCCAGGUUAAACACCGUAUUCAGCACAGCUGAGAGGGGGAGAGGGCAGAGAGCAAGCACCAGACACGGGCCUUUAUCCAGGAAAGGCUAUCAAUUAGUGACCAUCAUCUAUCUAUCUGUCAGCUUUUUAUGCAACAUUAUCGAUUCCAGGCUGUCUCGUUCGCUGUAUAUUACCUCUCUGCCACCGUGUCUAAUGACACUUCUUGUUGCUUUUCAUCUGCGCCUUCCUAAUGGUUGUAAAUAAUUAUUUAUUGUGAGAGGCUAGAUAUAGGAGAGGAAAAUGAUGACUGAUUGAGCUGAGCUGAUGUCUGGUUCAAACUUAUCAAUAAAAAGUGUUUUUUAUUCAACUGCCUCUUUCUGUUAUUUUGUUGUUGUUGUUUUUUUGGUUUUUUUAGAAGGGCCUGACACACAGUUGUAGAGAUGUGGUCUAUUCCACCCUCUGGUGGUGACAAGUAAUUAUGCUGCACAUUUAGAGUGUGACUGUGGGCAUUCAAUGGUGUUGUCAGUCCUGACGAUAAAUGCAGGUGAAUCUCUAAACAUUUGAAUAUGGUUCAAACUUCAUUUAUGUCAGUAAUUAAACUUAAAAGGUGAAAAUAAUCUAUGAGAUAGACUCAUUUUUUGCAAAGCCAGAUAAUUCACA